UCAUCAUCAUCACCGUGGCCACGUCACGCUGCUCUCGCCAUCUUCAGCCGUGUUUACUGCGCGCUGGUCAGCUCAGAUCAGCACUCGGACCUUCAUCAGAGCCAAAGAAACAUGAACAUAUUCAGACUGACGGGGGAUCUGUCCCACUUAGCAGCCAUCAUCAUCCUUCUGCUGAAGAUAUGGAAAACCAGGUCGUGUGCAGGAAUCUCUGGGAAGAGUCAGAUUCUCUUUGCCUUGGUGUUCACCAGCCGCUAUCUGGACCUUCUCACGUCCUUCAUCUCCUUGUACAACAGCACCAUGAAGGUCAUCUAUAUCGCAUGUGCCUAUGCCACGGUUUACCUGAUAUACGUCAAGUUCAAGGCCACGUAUGAUGGCAACCACGACACGUUCAGGGUGGAGUUCCUGGUCGUUCCAGUCGGCGGUCUGGCCUUCCUCGUCAACCAUGACUUCUCUGUUUUGGAGAUCAUGUGGACGUUCUCCAUCUAUCUGGAGUCCGUGUCCAUCCUCCCACAGCUGUUCAUGAUCAGUAAGACGGGAGAAGCCGAGACCAUCACCACGCACUACCUGUUCUUCCUCGGUCUCUAUCGAGCCCUGUAUCUCAUCAACUGGAUCUGGCGCUUCUACUUCGAAGGCUUCUUCGACAUGAUCGCCAUCGUGGCCGGCGUCGUUCAGACAAUCCUGUACUGUGAUUUCUUUUACCUCUACGUGACAAAAGUGUUGAAAGGAAAGAAGCUGAGUCUGCCAGCGUAGGUCUGAAAGAGAUCGGUGUGAGGAGCGUCACGGGACGACGAGGACGAGUCAGAUGCUUGAGACGGAGGACGAAAGAAGAGAUCCGGUCCGGUGCUCUGGAACAGCUCUGGAUUCAAGCCCAGACCAACCAAGUCUUCGGAUUCCUGUUUUAUGCAUCUUGUCUUACCCUUUUUUAUUAUUCUGUAUCAAAGAGAAAGUUUUCUACAUCAAACGUGUAACUAUGAUUUGACCAGCAGCAGUGUGGAGACGGCCUCGUCUGGCAGUGCAAACACGCAGGGACUGAUUCUUAUGAUGGAUAUUGAUUUGCUUUGUAAGAGUAUUUUCAAUCUGAUUAAAUGUACAUGUUUUCAAAAAGAUUACGGGAGUAUUUGGUGCUCCAUGGGAUAAAAUUGAUUAUAAAAUACGUUUUUUCUCAAUUUCUUGAUGCAAUAAUCCUUUGUUUAAGAAGGUCGGUCAUAAUAAAGUGGUUCCCCAAAGUGCUCGUUUAAUUGGGUUCAAGAUGGAAAUUUGUUCUUAAAACGACUUAACUUUUGGGAACCAUUCCACUGUCUGACAGCGUACAGUAUUGGCACUGUCUUUAUUACUGUAAAUGGCUUCUAAAAGAUCCAAAAAAUAAAUCGUACAAAUGUUCUCACA